AACUUCCAUCCACCACAACGAUCUCCUAUGCACAAACAUCCACAAAAACAAAAGAAGGGAAAAACCACAAGCUAGCCAUGGUUAGCAGCAAGAUUAGUAUUGUCGGAGCCAUCACAUCUCCAAUUGUGGUUGUGGUGGCACUUACACUAUUGAUCACACUUUUGGCACCGACAGUAGAUGCACAACCAUACUCAACAAUGCCACCUAGCAUGAUUGGAGAUUUAUUGCCACGGACGAGAGUACCUCCGUCCGGGCCUAGCCAUCCUCCACCCAUCGUGGCGAUGCAACCAUCAUGGAGAAUGCCAUCUGCUGGACCUAUGAAGCCUCCUUCCAUGGCGGCGAUGUCACCUGAUGUUGUUGGGGAUUUGCUACCACGAGGAAGAGUACCACCCUCCGGGCCUAGCCAUCCACCAACCUUGGUGGCGAUGUCACCUGAUGUUGUUGGGGAUUUGCUACCACGAGGACCUAGCCAUCCGCCACCAAGGGUGGCGAUGUCACCUGAUGUUGUUGGGGAUUUGCUACCACGAGGACCUAGCCAUCCGCCACCAAGGGUAGCGAUGUCACCUGAUGUUGUUGGGGAUUUGCUACCACGAGGACCUAGCCAUCCGCCACCAAGGGUGGCGAUGUCACCUGAUGUUGUUGGGGAUUUGCUACCACGAGGACCUAGCCAUCCGCCACCAAGGGUGGCGAUGUCACGUGAUGUUGUUUGGGAUUUGCUACCACAAGGACCUAGCCAUCCGCCACCAAGGGUGGCGAUGUCACCUGAUGUUGUUGGGGAUUUGCUACCACGAGGAAGAGUACCACCCUCAGGACCUAGCCAUCCCCCACCCUUGGUGGCGAUGUCACCUAGCAUUGUUGGGGAUUUGCUACCACGAGGACCUAGCCAUCCACCACCCUUGGAGGAAAUGAUCGAGUAUAGCAAUGAUGUCCUCGGUGCAAAUGAUAAACUUGUUGGUAAUGUAAGGAUGAAUACAUAAGGAUAAUGUGAUGUAACUUAUAGACAAUAACAUAAAUAAAAAGAAUAUCCUAUGUUGUUUAUUUUCCUUGA